CAAAACCAACCCAAAUUAUCCACUGGCGGAAGAUAGCAACAACAAAAGACAAGGAGCUGAGCCUCCUGAAAGCUCUUAUCGACUCCAGACAUUUGCCGGCUCUAUUCCGCACCACCCAAUGUCUACCUUGAAAAUAACACCGACGGCGAUGGCACUUCCCGCCUCGAUUAAACAACUCGCCUGCCUUCGUCGUUUACCUCGAACUGGUAAUGUCUUCUCCGUCCGCCUGACCCGUUUCAGGAGGGGAUUCGCUGUCAAUGCAAUGUCUGGAGCAACGGAUCCUGUUCAAGUCUGCGCUAAGGCAUCCUUUACCGUUCCCAACAAGCUUGGAGAUUGUCCUUUUACGCAAAGAGUUUUGUUGACUCUGGAGGAAAAGCAUCUGCCAUACGAUCUGAAGUUGGUUGACUUAAGGAAUAAACCAGAGUGGUUCUUAGAUGUAAGCCCAGAAGGUAAAGUUCCUGUGGUUAAGAUUGAUGAGAACUGGAUUCCAGAUUCAGAUGUUAUCACCCAGGCCCUUGAAGAGAAGUUCCCCAAUCCAUCACUAAAAACACCCCCAGAGAGGGCUUCUGUCGGAUCAUAUAUUUUCCCCAAGUUUAUUGGUUUCCUUAAAAGCAACGACACUGGCGAUGGAUCGGAACACACAUUACUGGAAGAGCUUACUGCCUAUGAUGAUUACCUUAAAGAAAAUGGCCCAUUCAUCAAUGGGAAAUUAGUGUCUGCUGCGGACUUAUCACUGGGACCAAAGCUGUAUCACAUGGAGAUUGCUCUGGGGUACUACAAGAAGUGGUCAGUCCCAGAUUCACUUGCCUAUGUUAAGGCAUACAUGAAGGACAUGUUCUCCCGAGACUCUUUUGUAAAAACGAGGGCUUUGGAGGAUGAUAUUAUUGAAGGUUGGAGAUCAAAAGUUGAGGGGUAGAUAGAUGUUCGAGACUCGAAGUCUUUUGCUACAUUUGGGUUAGAUUACAACCCAAGUCAUUUGUAUACACCUUGAAAGUUAGCAACUCUGCCGCCACCCUAGCUCAUUUGUCUUUAUGGUUUUGACAAUAUCAAAUGUAAUCUCCAUAUAUAUAUAUAUAUAUAUAUAUAUAUAUAUAUAGGGAGUGGUUCCAAUGAGAACACCUCUUAUUGUAAGAAAUGAGAACAAAUCCUAGACACUAAUCAUAUAUAAUGAACGGCAGAUUGAUCGGGUGGUGCAUAAUAAUAUGGUGCACUUGAUUGCGUGUGACAACUUUUUCUACUAGUAACACUUUGAAACGUGAAUUAUUUGAGGACACAAGUGUCCUUUACAUAGCCCAUUACCUUUUAUGGAUUUGUACGUUUCCUACUUGUAUUUAAUGAAAAUAUUCGUUAUUACGUUAGUGGAUCUUUAAAGUCAACCUUGAC